AGAACCAAUCUGUAGCAGCACAGCAACAGGAAGAAGGUAAAGCAAGAACGAACAAGUAAAGCACAAUGAACAGCAAAGUUAUCGUCACCACUCUCUCUCUCCUUGCAUUUUAUGUGGUUUCUACGCAAGCUGCUUCUCUUCGACGUACAGAAGUAAAUCUGCGCUGCAACUGCAUCAGAACAAAUUCCAAUUUCAUCCAUCCAAAGUUCAUGGAUCAUAUAGAUAUUUUUCCCAGUGGUCCUCACUGUCCAGUGGUGGAAAUCAUUGCCACCCUUAAGAGCGGUAACCGUGUCUGCCUGUAUCCUGAAGCUUCCUGGGUAAAGAAGAUCAUUGAAAAGAUGAUGACGAGUAAUGAUGAACGUCACUGAAGAGAAAUACCACGUGCCUGAAUGUCAAGGGAAUGUAAGCCACAUGUCACUGUACGACAUGGGCAGUUCAUAUCCACUGUAGUUAUCCUCAGGCUUAUUUUCAGCAGUCAAUAUUCGUAAAUCUAGUUGAAUCAGUAUUACUUUAUCUAUACAAUGCUCAUUUAUUUGUAUAAUCAUAUUUAUUUAUGUAUUGAUUUAUUUAACUGUGUCAUGAAAUUAAGUUUGAAGUAUAGAUCUUACAAUUGAGGCUCAAUUGAAAUAUAUCCUGGUAACCUUAGAAACCUUGUAACCUGAGUGCGAAUAUCCAAUGGUUUGAAUGUCAAAUAGCCACUCAGAUCACUUGGACCUGUGGUUCUGAUUGAUUUGGUGUUGCCACUUGAACCACCCAAUUGCACUGUUACUGUCGACUCACUGCUGCCGGAUUAUGGAACUUAGAGGCUUGUCUAUUUGUGUGACACAUUGGGAACUAAACCACAGCUAUUCAUUAUUAAUAAGGAUAAUUUAUUAUUAAUAAUGAUGAUUUGUUAUUAGUAACAAAAUCUCUAUUGGGAAUUAUUCUUUCUGGUAACCGGAAGUACUUUGUUUAGAAUUCUUUCUGGAAAUAGAUAACAUCUGUUCAGAUUAUUGCUGGCAAUGCGGCAAUAAACUGUGAAUUAUUGGACGCAAUUCUAUUUUAUUUCUUCUCAGCAAUUUUGUGGUCAUAAAUGUCUUAAGGUAUUUUGUAUUAAUUUAUAGUUGCUGACUGUGUUGUGUAUGUACCCUCACACCUCUCUGUCUUCCCCCACCUCUACACCACCCCUCCCCCAUGUU